AUGAAGGUCCACAUCUUGGUUUCUUUUGCUGGACACCUGGCCAGCUUGCCUGACCGUCGAGACCCAAAUAAAAAUCAGCAAGUGUAUUUGAGCUCAAAGAGGCCUUGCACAGAGAGGCCUUACACGUGUGGACACUGUGGGAAAGGGUUCACACUGCGCUCAGGGCAGGCCAGACACGCCAGGACCCACACGGGUGAGCGGCCUUACACGUGCGGCCAGUGCAGGAAGGUCUUUGCUCACAAGUCCUCGCUCACGGCGCACCUGAGAAGACACACUGGACAGAGGCCGUACGUGUGCAGGGAAUGUGGGAAAAGCUUCAGCAGUAAGCCUUACGUGUGCAAAGGGUGCGGGAAGGGCUUCACGGACGGCUCAGCCCUCGCCGUCCAUGCCAGGACCCACACGGGCGAGCGGCUGUACGUGUGCAGCCACUGUGGGAAGGCCUUCGUGGAGUACUUGGCCCUCAGGACGCACAUGCAUUGUCACACAGGAGAGAGGCCCUCCAGAUGUCCACAGUGUGGCAAGGCCUUCGGCUGGGCACAUACGCUGGCCGUGCACAUGCGGACUCACACGGGAAAGAGGCCACACGAGUGCAGGGAGUGUGGGAAGGCCUUCACAUCGUCCUUGGCCCUCACUGUCCACGUGCAGACACACACCAGGGACAGGCCUUACAUCUGUCCACACUGCAGCAAGGGCUUCACCAGCGGGUCAGCCCUGGGCGCUCACACACGCACGCACUUGGGACAGAGGCCUACUACGUGCAGACACUGUGGGAAAGGCUUCCCUACCCCCUCGGCCCGCUACGCACAGACCCGUGUGCACAAAACAAAAGCAUGA